UUGAACGCUUUAUUCAGUAUGUCAAUGUUGGUGUUGAAAGAAGAUGAAGCACAACGUCUGAAGAUGGGAUUGUUAAUGUUUUUUGCAUUUUCAAUUUUUUGUUUGACGCAGAAAGAUUGGUGUAUAGACUGCAAUUACGACAAACCGUCAAUGUAUUUAGGAAUGUUCAAGGCUCUCUGGUGUGUAAAUUAGCCAGUGCUGUGUCAAAUUAGAGGGGCCGAAGUAAUUCAUUAAAAAAAACUCGUCAUGGAUAAGGAAUUAAUGUGUGCAAUAUGUCUAGAGUUUUUCGACGAGCCACUGAUGUUGCCAUGCAGUCACAAUUUCUGUAAGAAAUGUCUACAGGGCAUUAUCAGUGCAAGAGACCAGUAUACAAAUUACAGAUCUCAGAGAUAUGUCGAUUGUCCUCUAUGUCAAAGAAAGAUUCCACUCGAGAGAUCAGGAGUUGACCAGUUUCCAGUGAACCGAGCACUUGACAAUGUGGUUUGCGUGUACAAAGCGGAGGCAGAGGUAACAUUUAAUGACGCCAGUUGGAGUGUAGAUGUGUCGGAGUCAGCGGGACUUUGUCGUCUGCACAGGGAACAGCUCAAUUUUUACUGUCUGUCUUGUAACAUGGCAGUGUGUAGAGAGUGUAAAUGUAUCAGUCAGAAGGAUGCAGGUGCAUCCCAUCGAUUCAGUCCCAUCAAAGAACAACUCCAUCGUUCUCAGACAUCCAUAUUGGCAUCCCUGUCGGAAAUAAAGAAGAAGAAUGUGAUGCUCAAUGACAGAAUUCAACUACUGAAUGAAAUUCUUGGUGGCAUUGAUCAAAAUGAAAAACAUGUGCAGCAAAGCAUUGAUGAUGAGUUUGAAGCACUGCAAUCUCAACUGAAAAGUCGUAAGGAGGAGAUGAAAAGGCGGCUGUAUAAUGACAUUGAAGCCAUCAAGAGACCCGUACAGGAGCAGCUGAGGAAGCACCGGUCUAUAAACACCACCAUUGACCAUCAUCAGAGGAAACUAAGUCUGAUCAAGGCCACACAGGACCCUAGUCUGCGAAUCAAGCUUUUACAGGAGUCGGAGAGACAGCUAAACAGUCUACUUUGUUUUGACCUGGCCUGGUUCUCUUCCAGUGACACUCCCACUGUUAACAUGCCAACCUGGGAACUGCAAAAACAGGAAGUGGAGAAAGCUAUCCCACAAAUCCAACUCAAACACUCAGGAAGUGAAGACUCUAUUGUAUCUGUGAUUCCAAGCUUGGCACACAUUGUUCCUGGAGAGACAAGCAUUGCAUCAAGAAUGAGUGGAAUGAACAUCAGUGACAAUAAGAAGACCAAGUCAGUCCCGGAGAUGGCAAAACAACCCGUGAAGGGUGACCCCUCCUCCUUCCUCAGAAGUUCCUCCAGUAGUGCUCUAGGUUUACAAACUGACCCUAUAUCAACCACCUCUACUGAAGGGGCAGUGGUGCAUCGUAAUGCUUUGUCAAUCCAUAAACACCCUCUUCCCCUGGACCCCAACCGCUUGGCCGAGAACAAGGAGGUAAGGACCACUGCUUCCUUGUUCCUGACCAGUCAGUCCAGCAAACAACCACCACAACAACGAACGAACAUGAGUGUGACUCUACCUUCUAGGUCAGAAUUCGAAAUUGUGUCUAGUUCAGCUCACCCUCGACUUUCACUUCCAGCUAACGCAAACACCAUUGCCAUCUCACUUCGCAGAAACUCUGAGGGGGGACAUCAGACUGGAGGUGAGGGUGGCACACCUACCUCGGCCACCCUCCCAAUAACCACCCCAAUCACCAAUUCACUCCUCGCUAACAUAAACAGUGUCCCACCCACCACCUCAUCCUCUUCCAACUCGACCACUGACCAUGCAGGGGCCGCUUCCUUCCCGGUGUUCUCGGCAUCCACAGAAAUAGAAAAUGGUGUUCAUGCUAGCUCUUCAAACGGUGUGGAAGGCCCUAAUAGUUCAGGAAAUAAUUCAAAUAAUUUCAGUGAUGCUAACUUCCCACGGAUCACUGCCAGAGAUUUUUCUCCCGGUAGAGGGGCUUUGUUCCCAGCGGGACGUAGAAUUGUAAAGCCAAAGAGAGUGGCAAAAAAGUAAAUUCUCAGAGAUACAGUAUCCUCAAGGUGGCCGUUAAAAAUGUCAGCCAAGUUUCAUAUUAUGAACUGCCUAUAAUCUAUGGUUAUAAUUAUUUCAUAUGGCCUUGAUUGUUGUGUAAAAUCAACAUAAGACCUGUGUAUUUCUCUGUCACUGGAGAAAUGACUAUGCUUAAUGAAUAAUGAUUCGACAAAUUUCAAAGAUAUAUAUGGCACAGUUUUGUUAUUAGACAAGAAACAUUAUUUUCAUUAUAAUUUUCUGGAUUGCAUAUGCAAAUGACACAUUGAAAGACAUUUGCAUUUGAAAGUACAUACCUCAAAUACAUGUAUUGUUUUUUUUCAAUUUUUCAUUUCUGGAAGACGCCUCUACAAAAAACACCUUCCAAUAUCAAAUGCUUUAAUUACUAAAAACCCUGCUCAUAUUGUUAAUGUGCCACUGAUUUUAGACUAACAAGAACUGCAUGGAAAAUAUUGUCCACUUUAACUGUAAGAAUUUUUUAUAAGACAGAUAUCGAAAUUUAUACACCUUAAAAAGUAGAAAACCUUUAUUCAUUCUGACUCGAUGAAAGGUUUAAUGCACUCAAAAUAUUCUUGUGGUACUAGAUAUUGUGUGCUUUGUUACACCAUAUACAUGCCUUAAUGAAAUGCUGUAGAAAGUGAUAGGAACCGGUGAUUCAUGUGGGGUAACCUUUUCAUUAUUUUUUUUUUCGGUUGAAGACAAGUACAUUUAGUACUGAUGCAGAUUUGUCAUCACAAAAUCACUAGUGUUGUUAUGCCUUUUAUUUUUAAAUACUGAUACAUAAUAUUUUUAAAGUAUUCAGUUUUUUGACAAGGUAUUACAAAGCUGAACUAUUUUACAGGGAAAAAUAUCAAGUAAUUUUGCUAACCAGGGUAUUUGUAAUUCUUUAUUCAUAUGAUUUAAUGUGUUAUGUGCAAUUUGAAAUGUAUUAAAUCUGUUAUAUUUGAUUGUACUUCAUAAAGUGACCAAAACUGCCUGACUUUUAUAUUUAUGCAUUUGUUGUUAUAGUACACAUGUAAUUUGUUAUUUUGCGUGAAAAUGAUGCAGGUAUUAGAUGUUACUUUUAGUAUAUACCGGUAUACAUGUAUUACAAUAAAUAUUGAUGCAUUAUUAAUUUUUCAAUUUUCCUUAAGGUAGGUGAAAAAAGCCACAAGAGCUUCAUAAAAGAAAUAAAUACAUGCAUUUGUGUUGUGAUCUUGAAAUUAGGAUAAAUUGUGCAUAUUAUUGUAUUUGCUAUUUGCAGGAAAUUCAGUAUUCUUUUCUUUUUUUUUUGUCUGGGAAUUAUGGACUUUAGGGUGGAAGUCCAACAGUGAUUUGGCCCCAGAAUAAUAAAGCAAUCUCUGACUUAA